AUGAAUGUAAUCAUACGACUUCAAAAUCUUCCUUGGUCAGCAAAUGCGUCUGAUAUUAGACAGUAUUUUAAAGGUCUUCAAAUUCCUGAAGGUGGAGUGCAUAUCGUUGGAGGCGAGAAUGGCGAUGCUUUUAUCGCAUUCAGCUCUGACGAAGACGCACGCCAAGCUAUGGCACUUAAUGGUGGCAAAUUAAAAGAAGUCAAAGUCACGUUGUUGUUAUCAUCUCGAGCUGAAAUGCAAAAAGUCAUAGAAAAAGCGCGUGCAGCUACAGCAUUCAUGCCAACUAAAAUGCAACUUCCGUCAGCUGAAGCAUUCACGAAUCAAUUUGUCAAUAAGAAAUUGCCUGAAGCUCCGAUUAUCACGAAUGUUAUUCCAAAUGCAUCACAAUCACUUAUGGCCAAUUAUUUACAACAUUCUGCAUCAACAGUCGUUCCAAUGAUGAAUAACUUCCAAAUGAAAGCUUCAAAAGAGUCAAUUUUAAGUCAAGCUACGGCUCCUCAAAUUUCUUUAGCCACAAAUCCUCAAUUAGCUAUGUAUGCAAAUCCCUUAUAUGCAAAUAUGAUGUCUGCUACACCAGCUGACUAUUUGAGCUACAUGAAUAUGGCAAAUGCAACUGCAAAUUAUCCAAUUGAUGCUAAUAAGUUGAGAGAUUUAUAUAAUAAGGAUAAGAGAGUGGAACUUCCAAUGCAACAGAAGCAACACAAUGAUUAUAACAGAUAUCAAAGAAGUUCGAGCAGGGAAAGACAACGAUCAAGAAGUCCAAUGUCGUCGUCACGAUAUGACAGCGAUGAUAAGAAAGACAAAAAGCGACGUACACGAUUUAGCUCUCCAGAAAAGGCAGGCUAUACAAGCACAAACAAUCCACUUUUGCAACAUAUUCCACCAUUAAUUCAGCCAAAUCCAGUUGCUUUAAAUAAUCCAAAGCCGCAGUCACUGUUAGAUCUGAAUAUGAGCAGCAUGUCGAAUGUUAGUUUAAAUCCUGUUGCUAGUAAUACAAAACUACCUAAUAAUAUUUGGGAUGUUCCACCUCCAUUGAACCUAAAUACUUAUACUCAGUUUCAGCCUAAUGCAUAUAAUAGCAGCAGCAGCACAAAUAAUUCUAGUGGAAUUGGAGGGGUUGGAAAAUGCAUAAAAGUCGCUAAUAUUGAUAAAGAAACAACAUAUUCGGAUGUCCGUAAGUUUUUUGGUGGCUUAGCAAUUGGAAAUAAUGACAUUAAAUUCUUAACUGAUGAAAAUGGAGACCAUACAGGAGUGGCUUUAAUUCGAUUUAUAACGUCCGAUUCUAUGAAGCAAUCAUUGACUAAAAAUGGAUGGCAAUUGAAAUCCACACAGAUUAUGAUUACGUCUAUAAGUGAAGAUGACUUUGAGAAUGGCUUGGAUAGUUCUCGAGCUCGUUCAAAUCGAGAUAAUUAUAAAAGGGAUAAUAAUAGACGAGAUAAUUAUGAUGAUUCAAGACGAGAUAGAUUCCGUGACAGAAGUGAUAGUCGCGAAAGGAAUUAUGACAGAAAUGAUCGUAGUGAUAGAAAUGAUAUGCGAAGUCGAGGCAUGAACAAUAACUUUAACAACAGAAAUAAUCAUAAUAAUAAUAAUUAUCAGACAAAUAGAUAUAACAGCACCAAUAACAAUAAUGAUCGAUUUGAAAGGGAUAGAGAUCGAGGAAGUAAUGGACCUGCCAAUAGAAAUAAUGGAAAUGGUAAUUUCAAUAAUAAUCGACGAGAAUCUCGUCGUGAUAAUGAUAGCGGCAGGAAUCGUAAUUUUAGAGGCAAUGAAGCAGAAGAAAAAAUUGAAUAUAUUCCGGACGAGAACUUUAAUGUCCUGGUUAUUGACGAUAUUCCUGACAAAAAUGAGGCAGAUUUAUUUGAAGCUUUUCCUGAUAUUUUAGGCAUUACAAUUGAUAAAUAUACAGCAUAUUGUAAGUUUAGAACACAUGAAGCAGCAAAGGCAGUCAUUGAAAAUCGCUUCCUUCAUUACAUUAGAAAUAAGAGAGUUUUUGUUGAGAAAGGAGCUGAGGCACAGUAUGAUGACAUUGCAAAGAAGUAUGGUAAAUUUGACAAUCCAGAAUUUGCAGACGAAAUUAAAAGCAAUGAUGACAAGAAGGCAGAAAAAUCACCAGAAAAUUCAGAACAGAGUACUUCAAAUGUUGAUCAAGAGGACAAAAAGAAACCAGUUUCACGUGAUCCACGACAAAAAGCAUCAAACAAUGAUAGACCAAAUUCAAACUCUUCUAGUCCACAGACAACGAAUUUCAAGACGGAUUGUAUUUUAAUUAAAAACUUGGACCUUCAAAGUUCGAUUGAGGAUGUCGAGAAAUUCUUUGCUGAUAUAAAUAUCCAAAAGAGUCAAAUGCGAACACACAUCUUGCUGGAUAAACGAGGUCAACCAUGCGGUGAUUGUUUUGUAGAGUUUAAAUAUGAAAAUGACAUCCAAAAAGCUAUAAGCAAGAACAAUCAGCAAUUGGGACCAAAUCGAGUGCAAAUCUUGCCAAUUCCUCGUGAGCAAGUUGAGGCUGUACUUAGCUCCUUUGGAAAUGAUGAUAGUAGACAACAAAAUCGAGAUCGUCCACAAAAUCAAAAUAGAGAUUGGGCACCUCCAGCAGACUUUGGAAAUCCUGGAUGUGUAGUAAUGGUAUCCAAUUUAUGCUAUCGUGCUUCUAUUGAUGACAUUCUUGAUGAAUUUCGUGAAUUUGAGUUGAAAGCUGAUCAGAUAAUUAGACGUUAUAAUGAUUUUGGACAGCCCACUGGAAAUGCCUGCAUAAAUUUCAAUACUGAAGAGGAUGCUACAAAAGCUUGUGACGAGUAUAAUAAAGUAAAGAUAUUAAAUCGUCCUGUUUGGCUUAGGAAAUCGUAA